GAUGAAAGUAAUACCUUUAUUAAUAUUAUACUCCACUUAACAUGUUUUUUAUAAAUGUAACGUUAAAUGAUCAGAUAAAUUUGAAUAUAUAUUCAUAUAUUCAUAUAUAAAUGUAUUAUGGUAGCUGUGAAUGAUUGAUACCUUCUAGUAAUUUAAAUAAGUCCUUACAAAAAUGUGUUUUGAUGUUAGUGUUACGAAAUGUGAAAAACAAGAGAAUAUCGAAAAUCAACAGAUGGACGACCAAGAUGAAUGGAAAUCUUUAAGCGUAACGUCCAAAGCAAAAUUCUUGUUCAAACAUUGCACUGUAGAACCAAUGUUAGGCUGUUAUAUAGUUUCAAGUGUAUUGACAUCUCUCGCUACGCAAAACUUGAAUUUACAGAAAGCAUGUAGAGUUAAUCUGAGACUGAAUGAAAGUAUUUGUUAUGCGUUGGAAAAUAAGAAUACGGUAAAUUUUGCAAAAGAAGAACUUAUGGUUCAAGAGCUAGUCGCAGACAUGAUAAUAUGGAAAACCAUUAUGCAGAGCAGCAUUCCUUCGAUUUUAAUUACAUUUGUUGGUUCGUGGAGUGACCGAAAUCACAAACGUAAGCCUUGCAUGUUAGUACCAAUUAUCGGAGAGUUCCUCACUAGCAUAGGUCUGUUGGUGUGUACUUACUAUUUUUAUGAGCUACCAAUGGAAGUAGCUGGUCUAGUAGAAUCAAUCCCACCAGCCAUGACUGGAGGUUGGAUGACCAUGUUUAUGGCCGUUUUCAGCUAUGUAGGAGAUGUAUCUUCAGUGAAAAUGCGAACUCUUAGAAUAGGAGUAGUUAACGUAUUUUGUUUUGUGGGAAUACCUGUUGGAACUGCUUUAUCGGGUGUAUUGUUCAAAAAAUUGGGAUUUUACGGAGUAUAUACAAUUGCUACUGUUUUAUACAUACUCAGUUUCACUUACGGUUUAUUUUUUAUCAAAGAAAAAAAGCCAGAAGUCCAUAUAGAUGAUAAUAAACAACCUGCAGAAAUAUCUUGCAUAUAUUUGGUGAAAGACUUUUUUAAUGUGGGCCACAUAAAAGAAGCUAUUCGCAUUGUGUUUAAAGGAGGACAACAUAAUAGAAGAUUACGUAUCAUAUUACUCAUGGUAGUCGUCAUAGUAGCAAAUGGACCUAUUUACGGUGAAAUGUCUGUAAUGUACCUAUUCACUCGGGUAAGAUUCAAUUGGGAUGAAGUAGACUACAGUUUAUUUUCGACCUAUUCCAUGAUAACUAAUUCAGUAGGUACAAUAUUUUCUGUUGGCGUGUUUAGUCAUAUGUUACAAAUUGAUGAUGCAGUUAUUGGAGUUAUGUCAUGUAUGAGCAAAAUCUUAGCUGGCUUUGUAUAUGCAUAUGCAACGACUGAUUUUAUAUAUUACUUAGGAGCGUUGGUUGAUAUUUUAAAUGGUACAUCGAUUAUUGCUAUGAGGUCUAUCGUCUCUAAACUCGUUCCACCACAUGAGUUGGGUAAAGCCAACUCUUUAUUUGGUGUUUGUGAAGCAUUAGUACCAUUGAUUUAUGGCCCAAUGUACAGCGCCGUGUACAAAACUACUCUUAAGUCAUUUCCUGGUGCAUUUUUUUUGCUAGGAGGUGCCUUAACUAUUCCUGCUGUGAUAAUUUUCUUAUGGAUGUAUAAUGAACACAAAAAAGAGAAAAUAGAAAAAGGAAAGGAAUUUAAAGAAGGAAAUUAUGUUGGAGAUGUUAAAGAAAAGAAAUAUUCAGAUAUCAGAUCACCCGCGUAUGAUUCUGUUUUAAAAACUGUAGUAGAUACAAUUACUCAGAUUGAUAGCUUUGAAUUAGACAACAUGACUUUCCAAGAUGAUGUCAUUAGAGAAAAAGAGAAAUGAUAACAAAUUAAAUUUUUUUUUUAAGUUAUUAACUGUUAUUUAAUUGAAAGAUAUUUUAUUUUUACUCUUUUGUCAAAAUCAAAAUUUAUUAUAUAAUAAUAGUAAUAAUAAAUAAAUAAAAUGGAACUAACAA